AUGUCUCGGAGGAAGAUUUCAUCCGAGUCCUUCAGCUCCCUGGGCUCCGACUACCUGGAGACCAGCCCCGAGGACGAGGGGGAGUGCCCCCUGUCCAGGCUCUGCUGGAACGGCAGCCGCAGCCCGCCCGGGCCGGCCGAGCCCAGCGCGGCCGCCGCCGUCGCCGCCGCCGCCGCCGCCCCGGCCCCGGCUGCCUCUGCCGCGGCCGCCGCCGCCACGGCCGGGGCCAGGAGGGCACAGCGCCGGCGGCGGGUCAACCUAGACUCGCUGGGCGAGAGCAUCAGCCGUCUGACGGCGCCCUCGCCUCAAAUAAUCCAGCAAACUCUCAAGAGGACCUUGAAGUAUUAUGAGCAUCAAGUGAUUGGUUAUAGGGAUGCAGAAAAGAAUUUCCACAAUAUCUCUAACAGAUGCUCCUAUGCAGACCAUGCCAACAAAGAGGAAAUUGAAGACGUCUCAGGAAUUCUACAGUGUACUGCUAAUAUACUCGGUUUGAAAUUUGAAGACAUUCAAGAAAGAUUUGGUGAGGAGUUCUUUAAUAUAUGCUUUGAUGAGAAUGAAAGAGUCCUUCGAGCUGUAGGUGGCACAUUACAGGACUUUUUUAAUGGCUUCGAUGCUUUAUUGGAACACAUUAGAACUUCUUUUGGAAAACGGGCCACUCUGGAGUCACCAUCUUUCCUAUGCAAAGAGCUCCCUGAAGGUACUCUCAUGCUCCACUGCUUCCACCCGCACCACGUCGUGGGCUUCGCAAUGCUGGGUAUGAUUAAGGCUGCAGGAAAGAAGAUCUACUGCCUGGAUGUAGAGGUGGAACAGGUUGCAAAUGAGAAGCUGUGCUCCGAGGGUUCAAACCCAGGCAAUUGUAGCUGUCUUACGUUCCUUAUCAAAGAAUGUGAAAACACUAAUGUCACAAAGAACCUUCCACGAGGAACCUCCCAAAUUCCUACAGACCUCAGAAUUAGCAUCAACACCUUCUGCAGAGCCUUCCCUUUCCACUUGAUGUUUGACCCCAACAUGUCAGUCCUUCAGCUGGGUGAAGGCUUGAGGAAGCAGCUCCGAUGUGACACUCACAAAGUGCUCAAGUUCCAAGACUGCUUCGAGAUUGUCUCCCCAAAGGUGAAUGCCACCUUCGAGAGGGUCCUGCUGCGGCUGUCCACCCCUUUUGUGAUUAGGACCAAGCCUGAGGCUUCUGGCACUGAAAAUACAGACAAGGUGAUGGAAGUCAAAGGACAAAUGAUCCAUGUCCCAGAGUCAAGCUCCAUUUUAUUUUUGGGAUCUCCAUGUGUGGACAAGUUGGAUGAACUCAUGGGCCGAGGACUGCAUCUUUCUGACAUUCCUAUUCACGAUGCCACCCGAGAUGUCAUUUUGGUUGGUGAGCAGGCAAAGGCUCAAGAUGGCUUGAAGAAGAGGAUGGACAAAUUAAAGGCAACUCUAGAAAGAACUCACCAGGCCCUGGAAGAGGAGAAAAAGAAAACAGUGGAUCUUCUUUAUUCUAUUUUUCCUGGAGAUGUAGCCCAGCAGUUGUGGCAAGGGCAGCAAGUGCAGGCUAGAAAGUUUGAUGACGUCACCAUGCUCUUCUCUGAUAUUGUUGGCUUCACGGCCAUAUGUGCCCAGUGUACACCCAUGCAAGUGAUCAGCAUGCUGAACGAACUGUACACCAGAUUUGACCACCAGUGUGGAUUUUUGGAUAUUUAUAAGGUGGAAACAAUAGGCGAUGCCUACUGUGUUGCAGCAGGACUUCACAGGAAAAGCCUCUGCCAUGCAAAACCCAUUGCUCUGAUGGCCUUGAAAAUGAUGGAGCUUUCAGAAGAGGUGUUGACACCUGAUGGAAGACCAAUUCAGAUGAGGAUAGGCAUUCACUCCGGCUCUGUGCUGGCUGGAGUUGUUGGAGUGAGAAUGCCAAGAUAUUGUCUGUUUGGAAACAACGUCACUCUGGCAAGCAAAUUUGAGUCGGGAAGUCACCCUCGGCGCAUCAACGUGAGCCCAACCACUUACCAAUUAUUAAAACGAGAAGAAAGUUUCACGUUUAUUCCACGGUCCCGUGAAGAGCUUCCAGACAAUUUCCCAAAGGAAAUCCCUGGGAUCUGCUACUUCCUGGAGGUAAGGACUGGUCCAAAGCCGCCAAAGCCUUCUCUGUCUUCAUCAAGGAUAAGAAAGGUUUCCUACAACAUCGGCACCAUGUUCCUCCGGGAGACAAGCCUCUGAGACCUGCUGCAGAUCAAAGACUCCUCCCAAAAGCACAAGCCCAGAAGUUGGGUCAGAACAAGAGCAUAGAAAGAGAUUGUUUCUCUGUCAUUGCUUUGUUGAGAGUAAAUAGUGAAAUUUCUGUGUUGGGUCAG